UCACACACACUCCCCUCCCGCCAUCACUCCAUUUUCCCUCCAUUCUUCUCCUUCUCUCUCAUUCCCUUCAAUUUCCCCACUCACGAGGAAAAUAUUUUCUUCACCCUCCACCAUAAAUACCCUUUAAUCCUUCCUCUUUCAUCUUGUUUCCUAAACCUCUCACUCUCUCCUUUACUCUCUCAUUUCCCCCCAUUUUCCCUCUGCUCUCCCCUGUUUUCCCGCCAAACCUUCUCUCCUCUCUUGGUGUAUUGAGAUAUAUACUCUUUUCCAUUUGCUUAGUCACCAAAAAACACCAACUUAUCCAUUUUCUUACUCUUUUGAGUGACACACACCAACCCUUCCUUGUUUCUCUCUAUUUCACCUACCCCCAUGUCCGUACAAUCAACACUGAAGCUCCACCAUCCCAAACAAUCCACUGCAAGUUCCCAUUUUGAGGGUGACCCACCAUGCAAAUCCACCGCCAAAACCCAAAACCGGAAGAAGCUCCUCCGUAUCAUUCUCACCGACCACGACGCCACCGACUCUGACUCUGACUCUUCCGGCGACGAUAAACCGCCACAAAACCCAUCAAAGCCUCCAAGAGUGAAGAAGAAAAUCACCCAAAUCAACAUGCAUCUUCCUCCCUUCUCAGAUUCCUCAACCCCAUCACCUUCUCCUUCUUCAUCUUCCAACCCUGACCCGACCCGUUUCAAGAGACCCAGAAAAUCCCCUGCCCGUGUCUCUACCUCUCGCUGCCGGAGCAAAUUUGUGGGAGUUCGCCAGAGACCCUGGGGCCGGUGGAUCGCUGAGAUCCGAGACCCGACCCGUUAUGGGAAACGGGUCUGGCUCGGGACGUUCGACACGGCGGAGGAAGCCGCUGCUGCCUACGAUGAAGCCGCCUUGAAGUUUAAGGGCCCUAAUGCCGUCACCAACUUUGCGUCUCCGACGUCUGUUCUGGCCUACUACGACGGUGACUCGACGGCGUUUGACGGUUUCCGUCAUGGCGCGGUGGAUGCUUUCGGGUUCGAUAUCGACGCGCCGUUAAGUUUGACGGACGUUAACUCGGUGCUGACUAGUCAGCGGUUUGGGAAGGACGAGUUCAGCGAGUUGAACCCGGACGAGUUCUUGACCUGACCUAAAACCCUGGGGGCUUAAGUGUCUUUUUGCUAAAAGGAGGGGACUAUUCAGUAAUUAUCUCAAGCUUUACGUGGCAUGCUUAUCUACGUUGUGGUCGUGGAGUUCCGAAACUACCCUUGUAAGAAUUUUCCCGCGGCCCGAAGAAGUGUUUUUACUUUUUUGUCCUAUGAGAUUUUGUAAUUAAGUUUAUUAUUAGUAUUAUGUAGAGGGAAAAGCUCAAAAAAGUAAAAUCUGAGUGAGUGAUGAUGGAAAAUAUUAAAAAGGAGUAUUGUAGUUUCGUAUAUAAUAUGGUAAGUUAUUCUCAAUUAAAAAAUUUAUUGACCAAAGUUCGAUGAUACUUAUAA